AUGCAUGUGAAUGAAGAAAUGGGGGGAGUGAAGAGUGCAGGAGCGAGCAGCUUUAUUGGUCUACCUCAGGAAUUGAUUCCAAAGAUAUUGAUGCAUCUUAGCCUGAAGGAUGUGAAGAGAGUGAUGAAGAGCCAUUUGGUUCUUUAUGAGAGGAUGAGAAGAGACAUGAUUCUGUGGAGAUGCUUUUCAUCAAAAGAGCAUUUGAGCAUUGCAGGAUGCAUUGAGGAUGCAAAAAACAGAUACACUCUGGUGAGAAAUGUGUCGAAGGCACGUGAUGAGCGUAGUAUAGACUUUGGAACAAGCCAAAUGGACAUUACGCACAUACAGAUGGGCAUGGGCAGAGUUGUGUGCUCGUCGGAUGACCAGACAAUAAAGAUGUUUGGAACAGAUGGAAGAUUGAUCAAGACGCUGAUUGGGCAUAAGGGAGGAGUCUGGACAUUUAUGUUCAAUCAGAAGCAUCUUGUGAGUGGUAGUAUUGAUAAGACAGCCAGGAUAUGGGACAUGUGGACAGGCCACACGGUUUGUGUUCUUGUUGGGCACAAGUCCGUAGUCCGAUCGCUGAAGAUCUGUGGGAAUUAUAUUGCAACUGGAAGCAGGGAUUCGGAGAUAAGGAUCUGGAGUUUUGAGGGGCUGUGCCUGAAUGUGCUUAAAGGGCACACGAUGAGUGUUAGAUGCAUGGAUAUGAAUGAAACGUAUCUUGUGAGUGGGUCGUAUGAUGGGAGUGUGGCACUAUGGAACUACAGAAAAGGAAGGCUUAUACGCCAUUUUAAAGCACAUACGCUUAGAGUGUAUUCUGUGUGCUUGGAGGGAGAAUAUGUUGCAUCUGGAAGCCUUGACUCUACAGUGAAUGUGUCUAGAGUGGAUGGCAAGCUGCUGUGCACUCACAAAGCUCAUCAGUCGCUAGUUAUAUGGCUGAAGUUCGUUGAAAAUGGUCGAUAUUUAUUGAGUUCCGGAGCAGAUGGAAUUCUGUGCAAGUGGGAUGUUGUCGAGAAUGCUCUUGUGUACAAAAUUGAGGAAGACGGGCACAUAACGGCACAAGCAGUAAUGGAGGAUCUACUGGUGAUUGGAACAAGAAAAGCGGUGAAGAUAUACGAUCUGAAGAGUGGAGCUUUUGUAAGGACGCUUUUCUCAACGCCUUCACUCAUAAGCAAGGUAGAAGUGCUUGAAAGAUGUAUAUGCAUUGGAUAUUACUCUCAGUUUGGAAUGUGUAGGGUUGUUGUAUUCAACUAUUGA